UUGUAAUAAUUCUAAACAGAUUUCAGCCUAAACUAAUAGUUCUAGGACUCUGAGUUUCGUCUGUAUCACAUUCUUCAAUAAUUGCUAAAUCGAAGAGAGACGCUGGGAAAAGUCAUGAAUAUCAAAGUAGCUUUCGUGUUACUAACUGUAUUGAAGAUCAGUUUUUUGAGCGCAGAUUAUGUGGAAGACAAUACACCCUGUGAGAUACUGUUGGAUCACAAUAUAUGUUACUGGACUGAAGUUCAUGAUGAGUGGGACAUGACAUACGCCGAUGCGAAAGAAACCUGUGAAAGACGGGGAUCAGGCCUUGCAGUCAUAAGGAGCGGAGAAGAUUAUGAUGCGAUCGCCAAAAACCUGAGAUCAAAGAUAGUACCCGACUGGAAGAACAACGUGUAUGCCUGGAUAGGAAAUGAAUUCGAUCCCACGACAUCGGAAAUCACUCCUGCUGACUCAUUCAUCAAAUGGUACCCGGUUAAAGAACCAAGAAUGGAAUCAGAAUCUUGGGACAACAGGUACCUUCACCUCUACGUUAACAGAGACCCGACCAGCAUAUAUCAAGGAAUGGGGAACAUAUAUCGAGAAUUUGUAUGGCCAGGAGUCGUCUGCCAGUACGUUAACCAAUAGUUCAACGAGAAAAGCUUUUUAUAUCCUCUUGCUUGAGCGUAAAUAUAUAUAUAUCCAUCCAAUUCGGACACCAGAAUAUUUUAUUGCGUAUAUUAAGUAUA